GGGCAACAAAAAUCUCUCCUCCCCCUCUUUCUCUACAGUCUACCCCCAUCGGAUUUAGACUUUUGGCAAACGACGCAGAGAGCUUCGACUCGUCUCUCUCACUGCCACCCAGCUCCUCCCUGUCUCCCGCCAGCCCAAUCACCACCGCCGCCGUGAUCUACGGCUCUGAUUCAAUCUCAAUCCCCCGGCUUCCCGCGGAAUUGGGGAUAGCAAGUCCUGACCGCGACAUUCUUUUCCGUGCUUUAAACGAUCAGAGUUGAACAACCUGCUGUAUUGGAGUUUUUUUUGAGACGGAGGUAAACUGUGAUGGUGGCAUCCUGAGCUGAGUUGCAGGCUGUGAUACAAGAAUCAAGUUCACAUGAUUCCUUUAGGGGAAGAUGGGACAGAUAAAGUUGCUUCUGAUAUAGUACAGAAGAAAGAGAGUUCUGAUAGUGAAAUUCAUGUGCCACAUCAAGCUCCUAAUAAGGGGAUCUGUCCGUUGCAAUCAGAUCAUAAAGGGACUGCUCAAUUUCUAACACCUGAGAAAGCGUCACAGGUGCCUGAUGGAGUUGUUACUGCGUCACAACCAAAUCAAGAAGGAAGUGCUUCCUCUUUAACAUCUGAGAAAACCCCACAAACUCCUGAAACCGCUGCACUUGCCUUGCAAUCUGCUCAAGAAGGAACCACUCCAUCUACUACACUUAAGAGAGUGUUAGACGAUGGUUAUCACUGGAGAAAAUACGGCCAGAAAUUUGUUAAGGGAAAUUCAUAUGUAAGAAGUUACUACAGAUGUACGCAUCCAAAAUGUGAAGUGAAGAAGCAAGUGGAACGUGCACUUAGUGGCCAGAUAACAGAUACUGUAUACUUUGGUGAGCAUGAACAUCCUAAACUCCGAAGUGUCCCAGUAGCUGUUAGUUUUGUUGUGUCCAUUGUUGAGGACGAAAGACCAAAAGUGCUUUUGUUAACUGAUGUUGAAGACAAAUCGUCAAAUGCGCAUGAGCACGAAUCAAACCAGAUUGAGCCAGUAGAUCCUCCACAGCUUUCAAGCGUUGCAGUUACUGAAGCCGUGCAGGGUGUGCUCUCUCAGUCAAAUAGACCGAGAGAUGGCGAUCCUGACCCUAUAAGACAGAAGAAGGCAAAACAUAAUGGCAACUCAUUACUGGUGGAUAAGCCAGCUGUUGAACCACGUAUGGUUGUUCAGACUAUGAGUGAGGUUGAUAUAGUGAGUGAUGGGUACAGAUGGCGCAAAUACGGGCAGAAAUUAGUAAAAGGCAAUCCAAAUCCAAGGAGUUACUACAGAUGCUCAAAUCCUGGAUGCCCUGUUAAGAAACAUGUAGAGAGGGCGUCUCAUGAUUCAAAAGUCGUUAUAGCCACAUAUGAGGGGCAACAUGAUCAUGAUAUGCCCCCGACAAGGACUGUGACCCAUAAUACAGCAGCAUCAAACGUGUUUACGACAGCCCGCAUUUGUGAGUCUGGCACUAUACCCGAAGGGAAUGCUGUCUGCCGCGAUACUAGCCCAGAACAUGAAGUUAAACUAAGCAAGCAACGGAACGAUGAGUCAAAAACUAAACCAAGUGAUGUUGCUGGCUCAGAUAUGGUCGUUGAUUCUGAUCUAGGCUCCGAAAGAACACUACAUGAUCAAUCGGUUGCCGAAGCAUGUACGACAACGGAAAGCGACCCCCCUUACAUGAUUGUUUGCAGAGCAAAUCAUAAGAAAACUAUUGAGAUGGGAAUUAAGUCAGAAGGCGUUGAUAUGGUGGCUUGCGACAAUCUGCGUCCGGAAAGUAAUCCACCGGAGCAAGAAAAGCCGAAAGCAGAACCUGUUGACAGUUAACCUGCAAUGCUGGAUCUAGAUUCAUCGACACCCUAAAUAAUGAAUUAAUGCAUCAGGACAUGCCUGGUGCUAGGGUUCAUCUUAUUCAUUCUUCCUCUUGUUUUCGUCUCCGGAGAGGAUGCUCUGGGUCGGGAUUGGAGGGUAGGAUUUGGCGGAAUGCCAAUAAUGUCCGACAGCGGAUUGGAAGGUUAACAGAAGUUGUGUAAAUUAUUUUAUAUAGAUUGAAUGACCUCAAAGAUGUAGGGAUUAGACUAAGGCAGGAGGACUCUCAUGUCAUGUUAGUACUUGAUAUAUGAAAAGUUGGUUGUGCUAAUGUUAUUCACGAACCCUAAUCGUUUAGUUUA